AUGCGAUAGUUAAGGAUGUUUAAGUUGUAUAUAUUCUAUGGUUAAAACUCUUAUUAUUCUAAAAUUAAAUAAUUAACCCCUUAAAAAAUUGUAUUUAUAAACCAGUGUAUUUUUAGUAUUUUAUUAUUUAAUAAAAUAAUCUUUUAGCACAUAAUUAUCAAUCAACUAUAACAAUGCUAUAAUAAGAAUAAUUAUUUAUUUGAUUAAAAUACUCUUGCAAAAAAAUGCAAAUUAUAAAAUGAUCAUUGUCUUGAAUGUUUAGAUUUAAAUCAUGAUCUAAUCAACAAUAAAUGUGUAUACAAAUUUGGAUUUAGAUCUUCAGGAAUUGAAAAAUUGAGUUGUUCACUCUGCGAAUAUCCACGCCUUUAUAGCUCAAUUAGUGUGAAUACUUGUCUUUCUUGUUUUGAUACUAAAAUAUUCCAACUAGAACAUGACAAAUGUGUUUUUAAAUAAGAUUAUUUUUAGUAAGGAACUGAUUGUUCAGAAUAAUGUUUAAUCGAUAAUUCUAAUAAUUGUUUACAAUGUUAACUUCCUUCUCUAACAUGUGUAUUUAAUUAAGAUUUUUGCACAUCUUGUUAGGAUAACUAGUCACUUGUUGAAGGAUAAUGUAUGUGUGAAGAAAGUGAUAUUAUAUUCUUAAUAUUCAUUUUGAAUUAUGCAAUUAAAACUGUAGUAAAUAUAAUUCACAUACCGAAUGUAUAGAUCAAUUUUAUUUAUAUGAACUUAAUAUUUACAAUGUAAAAUCCCGUGUUUAUCAUGUUAUGA